CGAGCGCCUGCCCCGGAAAGAUCCUCAGACUGAGGGCUGAGGAGCACAGCACACGAUGGCGAGGGUCCUCCUGCUCCUGCUGGGCUUUCUCCUGGAGGCGCUCUGCGACAUCAGGGCUCGCGACCCUGAGGUCGAGGAGGACGGGGUUCAAGGUCACGCGGGGUGGCGGCCCCAAGGGGUCGGGACGCACGGGAACAGACCCCCCGUCCCCGGAUACGGCCCUUUACCGGGGGGUCCCGUGUACCCCCACGUCGGAAGCCGAGAGGAGUCAGCGCCCCCUUCGGGGAAGUUUCAAAGCAAUGGCGCGCGAACAGGGAACUGGUGCAGCUUCGUGCACCAGCACAAGGUCACCAAAGCUGUGGUCUUGCGCCAGGAGAGUUACAUAGUCAAGUCCCUGAGCCCCUGUCCCAGCGGCCCGCCCGACUGCCAGGUGGUCAUGUACAAGGUCUCUCUCAGGCCUGUAUAUAAAGAGGGGCAGAAGAUUGUCACGUCUCUUCUGUGGCACUGCUGCCCGGGUUUUGGAGGACAUAACUGUGAAGCCACCGCGGCAGAUGCCCGUGCCUCGGAGCCUGGGGACCGGACCGCUGGGGACCCUCGGGAGGGGCUCGGCGACGCCCAGCUGCAGGCAUCUGCUCGGGAGACACAACUCUCAGAGGACCUCAGCUGGGAACAGAGGGACUUCCAGCCUCCCGGAGACCCACUUGGAAACUCACCACACCCCGCUGUCUCUCCCCGUGACGUCAAACAGACUGGUGAGCACAGAGGGGCUGUGGCCUCUGUGCCUCUCCCUGCCCCGCCUACAUCUGGGACCCCGCCCCUCCACCACACCACUGCAGCGCUGAUGGCUCAACUUUCCCCCGUGCUGGACGGCUUCAACCGCACCCUGAGGCGGCUUUCCCAGGAGGUGGGGCGCCUCUCCCAAGGCCUGGCUGAGCUGCGGAGGGACCAGCAGGGCGGGGCCCCACGUAGAGGAGGAGGAGGAGGAGGAGGAGGACCUAGAGGCCACAAUCUUGAGGCCCGGCUCAUAGCGAGCACUAACCAGAUCGGCCAGGUGAGGGCCCUGCUGAGCGCCAGGCAGAACGAGCUUGAGGGUCGACUGCAAUCCCAGCAUGCUGCGCUGCACCACCACCUGACCGCCUUCAAGGCCGACACCGACAGCAAGAUCGGGCAAAAUCAGGCCAGCCUUCGGUCGCUGAACGCAACCUUGGAGGAGGUAAUACUGAAUCAGCGUCGGCUGGAGGACGCGGCGCUGGGGUGGGGCGUCGGGGGCGGAGGCGAGCCUGGGCUGGGAGCGGCCGCGUGGCAGGCCAUCGGAAGGCUUCAGGCCACGGUGUCGAGCAAUGGCGCCAAGGUCGCCGCCCUGGAGGGGAAAUCAGAAACGGCAGUCCGCCACCUCGGGGACCUGCAGAGGGGCCUCCGGGGCCUGGAGGGGAAGCUGGCGCUGACGGGACGCGGCACCCAGGCCCACUUCAGCGACACGGCGCUGGACGUGGAGGACGCCAGGGCCGCGAUGCUGGGCAGGGUGGCCGAGCUGGCCGACAACCUCACCGCCCACGGGGAGCACCUGAGCGAGCUGGACUCCGACAUGCGGUACCUCCGGGAGCGGCUCGACGGUGCCGCCGCCCCGCCGGGAUGCGACUGCCCCGCCCUGGCGAAGGCCGUGUCCGAGCUGCAGCGGGACGUGGCCGGCGCCGCCCGGGCGGCCGAGGAGGACCGGCGGGCCCGGGAGGAGGGCGCCGGGGGACCGGCGGGCCCUGGGGUCGGCUCGCUGUCCGACCUGCGGCAGGGGCUGCGGCAGGUCCGGGACUCUCUGGCCUCGGAGCAGGACAGGGGUCGCGCGACGGCGCUCAACGUGACCCGGCUGCAGGCCGCCCAGGAGCAGGUCCAGCGGGACGUCCUGGCCCUGCUGCGGCGGGACGGCGAGAAGACCAAGGAGAUGCGCCGUCUCGCCGGCUCCUUCUCCUCGCUGCUGAAGGACGCCAUCCGCCACUCCGAGGUGCUGGAGGUCCUGCUGGAGGAGGAGGUGCUGGAGUUCAAGAGGCUCCCGCCCGAGGAGCAGCGGGAGUACUCCAUACCCCUGCUCCGGAGGAGGAUCCUGCUCGCUCAGGAGCAGGUCGAGAGUCACGCCGUGACCCUGGCCGCUCUGGAAAGUCCCGUUGCUAACGACGACCCUUCGGGCGCCCUCGCGGAGAGGCUCAAGAGGGAGGCUGACGCGGCGUACGGCUCCGAGGACUACUCUGUCAGCGACUUCUGGAGCCUGGGGAGAGAGGUGGAGGAGCUGGAGACCAGGCUGGGCCAGCUGGAAGGUCGGAGUUGCCUCGACCGCUGCUGCAACUGCACCUCACGCACCACUACCGUUGCCCCCACAGGCCCGGCGGUGGAACUGCAGGACGAGGUUGUCACGCUGCGCAAGGAGUUGGAGGAUCACCUGCAUGUGUUCCGGAACCUCUUUGGCAACACGGGCGGCCUAGAGCGUUCCAACGGGACGCUGGACCUGGAAGUACUGUGGGCAGCAGUCAGGGAGAAAGAGGGGAAGAAGAAGUUUAAAAAGCAGAGGAAAGACAAGGAGAGGAGCGACCGUCACAGAGCAGAGAUGGUUAACUCACGCAGUAAAAGGGAACCGGUCCCAAAGGCAGCAGACCUCUCCCAGUUUCCCGACGCCUCCAUCGCUUUCCUGGCCCGCAGCCGCGACGGUGCCGGGCGGCCCGGCCCGCUCACCUUCGAGACCGUGUCGCUGAACCGCGGGCGGGCGUACUCGGCGGGGACGGGCGUCUUCCGGGCGCCCCGCGCGGGGCUCUACCUCUUCCUGCUGACCCUGGACUUCGGCCCAGGCCCCGGCGCGGCCGUCCUGAAGAGGGACGGGGCGCCGGCGGCCACCGUGCGGCGAGGCCGCGGCGAAGCGGGCGGGGCCGUGACCCGGGUCUGCGCCCUGGAGCUGGGGCGGGGGGAGCGGGUCCACCUGGAGCUGGAGCGAGGGACCGUGGGGCCCGGAAACCCGACGGACAACGCCUUCGCCGGCCUGCUGGUCCUGGGGACCACCUGAGGAGCAACCGCCUCACACUGGGGAAAACGUGUAGUCAGCCUGUCCCCCAAACACUGACCCAAGAUCAGCUUCAUGCCUCCUUAUUUCAAACCCUGCCAUUUUGUGUAUAAAGUCGGCUACUGCAUGAGGAUUCGAGGGACAGAAUCCACCAGCUGCAGCUUUGGAAUAUUACCGUGCAACUGUAACGAUGGUGCGAAUGAGAGGGGCUAAGCAGGGCUCUACAGCGCUGCCAGUUUAGGAGAAUUUGCUCUGAAAAACCGAUGUGUGCUAGCUGUAAAAGUCAUUCAGGAGUACAUCUACCAGUUGGGAUGCUUUAAUGUGCUGCAAAAUAUUUCGACUUAGGAGCACAUGCACUCCUUCGAAAAAAUGGUAGCACAGAGCCCUGCUGAGAUACUUUUGGGCGACUUCCACUAUUACUGGGCUCCAUCUUACCCAGGUCUUUCAAACGCGACCCAUGGUAUUAAAGGGCUUCUAGAUAGUAACAUCCAGAAUCCAGACUGCAUGUUAAGCCAGUCACUUCUCCGACCAUGGGUACUACAUGCACCUAGUUUAAGGCAAUCUUCAGGAAUUAAACUAGGGUGGGGAGAGACAAUCCCAUUGAGUCAGUCUGGGGUAUUCAUGCUGCAAUGCUUUUGCUUUCCAGCAGGUGGGGGUAAUACUAUGCAAUGCUAUGACAAUGCCCACCUUAAAGACUAUACAAGACCGAUAUUUUCUGUACACCAUAAUAUAUUUAUAGUAGAUAGCACUCUGGUGCAGAGCAUACACAAUUAUUUGUUUCACAAACAUUUUUAAAGACACACUGUGCUUGCAUUUCCUCUGUGUGAUAGUGUGUACAUUUAAAGCACUUUACAUUUCGCUGGUUACCUGGGAGACAUCAGGGACCAUGAUACAGUGUAAAAAGCCCACUUGGUGCUACUGGGCAAAAUGAAAAUAUAAAUAAUAUAUAUGCAGUGUUUAUGACUUUUCCCUACCUUUAGCCAGGUUCAGAAAGUAAAAGUCCUCCCAAUAUUUUGUUCCAUUUACCUGGAUUUGCCAAUUAGCACAAUUCUUUAGGAAGAGGUGGUGCUGUUUAGUAAAAUCAGCUGGCUGAGGUCAUGGGUGGAAGAAACACAGAGCCAAACUUUUACUUUCUGACCCCUGGACUUUCCACCUCCGCACUAGUCUACAACUGUUAGUGUGACACUCAGCAUGUCUUCAUCAACAGGAGCACGUGGCUAAAGCCCCAAAUGCCUGCAAAUGUGCAGGACUGCAGCACCCACUUAAACAAAUACAAUAAAUGUUUUUGUCUUCCACUCAAUGUGUAGCCAGUUAUGAUGAAAUACAUGCCACCUGCAUCUUCACUAACUAGUUGCAGAGUUUGACUGGUGUCUGACUGAAUGCACAGUGGAAAUCGAUGGCAUUUUGAUGGGUUUUGUAAAAUAUUUUUUUAAACAUUCACCUCUCAACUCACCUCAAUCUCCCUCUGAUUCAUCAGUAGGAUCUGGAUACCAAUUUGGAAACCACUGAGAUGCCCUUGACUGCAGACAUUCUAUGUUAUUUCCCAUUUACCAGAGUUAUAAGACCUCACGGUCUCUCUUGAACAACUCCAUUGAGCAAAUAUGACAAGACCACAAUGCUUUGUACUAAAAUAAGCUUAUUUAAUUAAAAACUGAUAAAAUGGACAUAAUCUGUGUACUGAAUGUUUCAUUUUCCCUUGGUAAACAUAUUAAGGCACCUUUUACUUGGACCAGAUGCUGUACAAAAUACAAAGACGUUAUAGAGGUUUAGAGGUUAUUCUUAUAUGCAUAUAUAUAACACAUAGACAAAGGGAGAGAACAUACUACUACUGCUUGGGAGUCCAUUAAUAUACACUACACAUAGCUAAAUUUAUUUACCAACACAAUGACUGUAAAACAGGUGCAAACCGUACUGCAGACAUGGUUUCCAACACAUGCACAUUCUGCAUGAUUUAUAGUUGUAGGGAUUGUUUUUCAUCUGCUGGUUUCUACAAACAAGACCAGGUUAAAACCUAGCGUAUGGCUGGACCUAACACACGUGAUCCGGCCGACCAAUGGUGUAACUUCAUCACUCACUCACUCAGUCACAGACAUUCGCCUUUGUAGGGCUGGCCCUGCUGUUGCGGUCCAGCCAAUAACACAAAAGCAUUUGCAAUCUUUGUGUGUGCCAAAAUGGCUACGGGUCUUCUCAGUGAAGCUAAAUUUAAAGAUUUUUUGUGCCAACAGUAAAAAUGAGAUGGGGGCGAGGAGGUAGACAAUUCACUCCUGAAACAAAUCAAACAUUGUCUCCUUCCAACAUACUACAAAAAAAAUUCAACCUUGGAGAAAAUAGAAAUGAGCUCAAGCAAAACUUGUUCUUGAUUUUAGUUCAAAUGUUUUCCAUCUAUGUGAGGCAAUGCAGCCACUCCUAACAGUCAGUGAGACAAUCAUACAACUUCCUCCCAGGUUUCUCUUUUUGUUACAUUUUUCCCCCAGAGCUUACAUUCAAAAUGUUAAAUAAAAUGUAGCAAAUAUUA